ACAGACAGCAGCAAACCUUCCGGGGAGCUGUCCCGAGGGGCAGACACUGCUGAGCCCCAUGGCUGAGACGGUCCCGGCCAAGCAAGGGCUGUGGAAAGGGGCUGUUUCCCAGGAUGCCUCGCAGGGCCUCCAGGACAGCUUGUUCUCCUCUGAGAGUGACAACAGCCUGUACUUCACCUACAGCGGUCAGUCCAACACCCUGGAGGUUCGAGACCUCAGCUACCAGGUGAACACAGCCUCCCAGGUGCCGUGGUUUCAGCGUCUGGAUCUGCUAAAGAAGCCUUGGAUGUCACACAGCAGCCAGGAUCCUCGUGAGCUGGGCAUCCAGAACCUGAGCUUCAAAGUAAGAAGUGGGCAGAUGCUGGCCAUCAUCGGGAGCUCAGGCUAUGGAAGGGCCUCUUUGCUGGACGUGAUCACCGGCCGAGGCCAUGGCGGCAAGAUCAAGUCUGGCCAGAUACGGAUCAAUGGGCAGCCUAGCACGCCCCAGCUGGUGAGAAAGUACGUAGCCCACGUGCGACAGCAUGACCAGCUGCUGCCCAACCUGACCGUCCGAGAGACCCUGGCCUUUGUCGCCCAGCUGCGUCUUCCCGGAUCCUUCUCCCAGGCCCAGCGGGACAAAAGGGUGGACGACGUGAUCGCGGAGCUGCGGCUGCGGCAGUGCGCCCACACGCGCGUGGGCAGCGAGUCGGUGCGGGGUGUGUCGGGGGGCGAGCGGAGGCGAGUCAGCAUCGGGGUACAACUCCUGUGGAACCCAGGCAUCCUCAUUCUGGAUGAGCCCACCUCGGGGCUGGACAGCUUCACGGCCCACAACCUGGUGUGGACCUUGUCCCGGCUGGCCAAGGGCAACCGUCUGGUGCUCAUCUCCCUCCACCAGCCCCGCACGGACAUCUUCCGGCUCUUCGACCUGGUCCUUCUCAUGUCGUCGGGCACCACCCUCUACCUGGGGGCAGCGCAGCACCUGGUCCACUAUUUCACCGAGAUUGGCCACCCGUGUCCUCGCUACAGCAACCCCGCGGACUUCUACGUGGACUUGACCAGCAUCGACAGGCGCAGCAAAGAGCAGGAAAUGGCCACCAGGGAAAAGGUUCGGUCACUGGCGGCCUUGUUUCUAGAAAAAGUGCGUGGCUUUGAUGACUUCCUUUGGAGAGCCGCCCCACAGGAGCUUGCCCUGGACCCCAAUGCACACAGCCCCACCUGCCAGCCAGACCCUGACCACCUCCAGACGUCCAAGGACCUUCGGCUUCCUGGGGCCACACAGCAAUUUACCGUGCUGAUCCGUCGUCAUAUCUGGAACGACGUCCGAGACCUGCCGACCCUUCUCAUCCACGGGGCCGAGGCCUGUCUGAUGUCGCUGAUCAUCGGGUUCCUAUAUUACGGCCACGGGGCCAUCAGGCUCUCCUUCAUGGACACGGCAGCCCUCUUGUUCAUGACCGUGGCUCUCAUCCCUUUCAACGUGAUCCUCGAUGUCAUCGCCAAAUGCCACUCCGAGAGAGCGAUGCUUUACUACGAGCUAGAGGACGGCCUCUACACCGCAGGUCCUUACUUCUUCGCCAAGAUCCUGGGAGAGCUGCCGGAGCACUGCGCCUACAUCCUCAUCUACGGGAUGCCCACCUACUGGCUGGCCAACCUGCAGCCGAGCCCUGAGCCCUUCCUGCUGCACUUCCUGCUGGUGUGGCUAGUGGUCUUCUGCUGCCGGGUCAUGGCCCUGUGCAUCGCCGCCCUGUUGCCCACCUUCCACAUGUCCUCCUUCUUUGGCAAUGCAAUCUACAACUCCUGCUACCUCACCGGGGGCUUCAUGAUAAGCUUGGACAACCUGUGGACAGUGCCUGGGUGGAUCUCCAAGGUGUCCUUCCUGCGCUGGUGCUUCGAAGGCCUCAUGCAGAUCCAUUUCAAGGGGCAGACUUAUUACAUGGAGAUUGGCAACCUCACCAUCCCCGUGCCAGGAGAUCAGGUGGUCAGUGCCAUGGACCUAGACUCGCACCCCCUCUACGCCGUCUACCUCAUCCUCGCCAGCAUCAGCGGCGGCUUCGUCAUCCUGUACUACGCGGCCUUAAAAUUCAUCAAACAGACACCCAGACAGGACUAGUGAUGUGCCCGCCAGAGGGGACCUUGAGCAAACCGUCCCGCCGCCGCCGCCGCCGCGCACGCUUCUUCCCAGGGCCCAGGAGGACCACAAGGAUCCCCGUGCUCAGCGGCAGCCGGCCACGCGGCUGCACUGGCACACACCGGCCACAGGAUGGCAGUAGA